AUUAUAUUUAUUAUUUCAAUGAACAAUUUCAUUCCUGGUCAAAUGUUAUAUUCUACCUUAAGCGUCCUUUCACUGCUAUGACAAAAAUGUUUUAGUUUUCCAUUUUUAUUCAAUUUAUCUAUUUAUGUGCCUUUAAUACCAACCCAUAUUGGGUCAGUGUGGUGGAGACUAUGGCCAGACAACAAAAAAAUAACGAAAAUGUAAAAGUAAUAGACACUCGUCGGUCCUCCCUAGAUUUAGAUACCGCACCACCAGCUAUGACCUUAUCUCUCUCUAUAGAGGAGAACCUAGCCAAGCAGUGGGAUCUAAUACUUCAGGUACUUUUACGGGCAUAAUAAUAAUAAUAAUAGUUAGCGUAUACAUAUUUCCACUGCUGGGCAUAAGCCUCCUCCACAAUGAGAGGGUUUAGGCUGGGCUGUAGUUCCCACUGCGGAUUGGGAACUUCACACAGAUGAUUAAAUUGCUUUGUAGAUAUGUGAUCCUCACGAUGUUUCCCUUGACAGAAAAGCUCAUGGUGAAUUUCAAAUUAAAUUUCGCCCAUAAAUUCCGAAAAACCCACGGGGCGAAUUCGAACCCACGACCCCUGCUUGAGAGGCGAUAUAUCAAAUCAUUAGACUACCACUGCUUCUUUUACUGACGUAGGUAGACUUUCGAAAGCUUUAUCGUGGAAUAAUAUAAUGGAACUCUUUAAGGUCAAACAUUAAUUUUUAUAUAAUAUACAUAAUAAAUUGUACAAACAAAACAGAUGAUGUGUUACGCAGGAAUGGAAACAGAAAGAAAUAAAAAAAGAACAAUAACAAUAAUUGUUCUGGUUUAAUUUUCAUUUUCAUCAGGUCACUGUGCACUUAAACAAGGCCGCGUCGAGAUACAUGGUAAUGAUGAAGGGUGCUCCAGAGACCAUCUUAAAUAGCUGUUCGACCAUUGCAACCAAUCAGAACACUGUUCCGCUGACGAAAGACAUGAAAGACAUCGUCGACAAAGCUAUAGAAAGUCUCGCAAAGACUGGAGAAAGAGUUCUAGCAUUUGCAGAUUACGACCUAGACUCAAAGAAUUACCCUAUGAACUAUGAAUUUGAUGCGGAGAAUAAAAAUUUUCCUGUUAACAAUCUUCGUCUGAUUGGUUUGAUGGGUCUCAUGGAUCCACCACGUGAAGAGGUACAAAGGGCCAUUCAUCGAGUCCGAGAAGCUGGUGUUCGUGUGAUGAUGGUAACUGGCGACCAUCCGGCUACCGCACUCGCCAUUGCCUUCGAAGUAGGCAUAGCCACCAAUGACAAAUGCCACGUUGUCACCGGCGAGGAGCUGAGAAAAAUGAACCCUGACUUGCUCACCUGGACCCUUUACAAACAUUAUGAAAUGGUAUUUGCACGAACGUCUCCAACUCAGAAACUUCAAAUCGUAGAAGCCUGUCAACGUCAGGGAGCCAUAGUGGCAGUGACUGGUGAUGGAGUCAACGACGCACCAGCGCUCCGCCGUGCCGAUAUCGGCAUUUCUAUGGGUAUCACCGGAACGCAAGUAUCUAAACAAACAGCAGAUAUUAUUUUGAUGGACGACAACUUUGCAACUAUAGUGACAGGCAUAGAAGAAGGUAGAAAAAUUUUUGACAACUUGAAAAAAUCAAUCUGCUACAUCUUAAUUUCCAACGUGCCUGAAAUUCUUCCAGUCAUCAUGUUUAUAGUUUUCUCUAUUCCUUUACCUUUGGGUGUAAUGACGAUAUUGUGUGUGGAUCUGGGCACGGACAUGUGGCCAGCGGUAGCAUUGUCACACGAAGUCGCCGAAACCAACGUAAUGCUGCGCCCACCUCACGUUGGCCAACGUCUAGUCUCUGCUAACAUGAUCCGUCUGGUGUAUGGACACAUCGGUUUGAUCGAAUUUGCUGCAGGCAUGUUCGCUUACUUCGUCGUCAUGGCUGAACAUGGAUUCUAUCCAAGCAGAUUAUUCGGCCUGAGGCAGGAUUGGGACAACGAGGCGGUGAGUGACCUCAACGACUCUCUUGGGCAAGAAUGGACGUAUAUACAACGUAAAGAGGUCGAGCGAGCCUGUCAGGCGGCGUACUUCGUAGCUGUCGUCGUUACACAGAUGAUGAACGGCAUCAUUUGCAAAACCAGAUACAACUCCAUACUUACUGUUGGACUGAAGAAUCACUUUUUGAACCUUGGAUUUAUAUUUGAACUGGGUCUUGCUAUAUUCAUUUGCUACACGCCAUACAUUAAUACUUUCUUUCGGACAUAUCCUUUACGUUUGCGAUGGUGGUUUUUACCUUUACCCUUUGCCGUUUUUCUAUUGCUAUUUGACGAAUUCAGAAAAUACUGCAUUCGACAUCGGUUGUUUGGAGGAUGGUAUAAUACGUUAACGUACUAUUGAUGGUAACUGGUAAUAAAAUAGCUUCAAAAAGUUAAAUGUUUAAUGAGAAUAUUAAUUAAUUUUUA